AUGUCGUCGCGUUCAUCAACAACUACUAACCAAUCAAUUUCUACAUUACCAAAAAUUCCUCGUCUUCUAACACCGCUAAUGCCAACGCCUUCUGCAUUGGACAGAGACGAGUUACUUCGUUUAUCUAAUUCACGUAGAUUUCUUUUCAUUGGCGACCACGCAAUGCGCACUGUUGGCCUUGAUUUCGCCAGAAUGUUAGAAACUGGUCAUAAACUUUCCGGUGGUGAAGCUCGUGCCAAUCAUCCCAAUUGUAAGGUUUUAAAUGGUGAGUUGAAUAAAAGUAUUGGAAUAUCUCCUUUAUAUACAGUAUCUAGUGGUUACUUUGAUAAUAGAAACAUAUGA